AAGAACAAGGUCAUGGGGAGAAAUGUGUGAAAGGUGCGGUCUCUUGCCCAUCGACCCGCAGAAAACUCUAGAUCGAUCUCCUUCCUUCCACAUUCUUCUUUAAAAGGUGCCUAGUUUUUGUGUUAGAGUGGCGAAGGGAAUCAGAGAUCAACGGGACGAGUCUAGAGAGAUAAAACCCCACCAUCUCCAUCUCAAUCGGCAUCUCCCUCUAUAAGUGCCUUAAUUGAGCUUUCGGAGAGGCAUCAGUGUCGUGCUUCAGCUCUUAUUGGAUAAAGCUAUCAGGUCCCUUGCUCUCUGUCUCUCUUAAGCGCUUCUGAUUGCUUGGCAGCGGAAGGCAGAGGGUGGGGGUCGUGAUGUCGAGAAAGGGAAGAAGAUGAGGACAUCUUAAUGGCGUCGUUGUUUGUGGAGGUGGCGUUCAUGCCGGAGUCAGCGAGUGGUGGAUCCCUUCAGGAUCCUGGAAAAUUCCCCCUUUACGCUUCCCAAGUCUCUGAAUACGACCGUGACCCUUGCCCACGCCGAUUGGAAGGAAUCCCCUCUUGCCCAUUUCAUCACCCUAGACGUCCCGGUGCAGGGGUGAAGAAGGAGGACAUAAAGAUUGAGGUGGAGGAGGGAAGGGUACUGAGGAUCAGCAGCGAGAGGAAAGGGAUGAGGAGAAGGAGGCGGACGGAAGACAAGUGGCACCGGGCGGAGAGGCCCGUCGGCAAGUUCUGGCAGCAGUUCCGGCUGCCCUUCGAUGCGAACUUAGAUGCUGUUAAGGCGCACCUGGAGAAUGGUGUUCUGAAGGUAACUAUUCCCAAGCUGGCAGAAGGGAAGGCGAGACAGCCGAGGGUCAUUGACAUCGUGGAGGAUCCCUCUGUCGGCGACAUCAGGGCCUCCAAGACCGAUCUGAAAUGAAACCGCUACCGGAGGAUGAUCUGCUCUACUACGGCCUCCUAGAGUCCCAUCUACUGCUCUGUCCAUCCUUAGUCAGUGAAUCAGAAUGUUUACUGUAUUGGAACCACUUUUGUGCAUCAGAAUAAAUAAAAAGGUUCUUGGUUUUGCUGUUUAA